CAGUCCCGAAGGACGGGGAUGCCCCAGCAGCUGCUGGGUCCAGGCUGGCUCCAGGUGUGGAGCAGGAGCACGGCCAGGCAGUGCCCGGUGGCUCUGGACCUGGCAGGAUGUGCCGGGCAGGGCUGCCCCGGGCAGGGCAGCACAGCCAGCUGCGGGCAGCCGGUGCUAAACCUCCCCCUGCCCAGGCAGAGCCCACACCACGGCUGGGGAGUGAGAGAGAAUAGAAAGCCGCAGGUGCGGCAGAGAUGUGGGACACCUGGCAGUGCACCAGGAUUUCUGCUACCAGGAGCUAGAACCAUAUGCUGAGGACAUUGGCACCUGCCCUCCUGUCCCCCAGACCCUGGCAGUGCUUCCAGGUCCAUCCCCAGGAGAGGCACAGCCCACCUGGCCUUAUCCUGACAUCCUGGGGGGCUGCCUGCACUGGCCACAGCCCCACGUCCUGACCCUGUGCUGGGUCAGAUCUGUGACAGCCCCAACAGGGACAUGUAGAAUGGCUGUAGGGCCAGCAUUGGCCCAGGACCUUCCUCCCCCCCUUUCCCCAAGAUGCAGGGGGCAGGAAAGCACCCCCAGAGCCAGCACAGGGCUGAGAUCUGCAGUUAGCAUCCCUGCACUGCAGAAAGGGGAAGAGAAACUCCAGGAAAGAGCCCUGGGGACCCUCUGGAGGCUGGGAGCACCUGUCUUCAUCCAGGGUGAAGCAGCUCCACAGCCCCACAGCGAGCAUCCAGGAUCCUGUCUGGAGGCAGCAGGAGGGCCGAGGGCACAGUGGAGAUAAGCCAUGGCAAAGACAGCUGUAGCUGGGAGAAAGGGGGAUUGAGGGAUUAUGGCCAGGAGCCCAUCUAAGCUAGGGAUCAAUUUUCUCCCCCUCAGGGAGAGGAAAGUGGGGCCUCUACCCCACAGGAACUAAUCUGCUUUUUAAUGAGGAACUGGGAAUUUUGUUGUCAACAACCAGCAACACGCAUGCCCGGUGCUGCAGGGAUGCAUUGCCAGGUUGGGACCCCUGGGUGAGUGCUAUGCCCUGCAUCAGCAGCCACCCCAGCUUCUGGAAACACCAUGUUUACCACCAGGAAAAGAUGAUCCUAGACCAGGCAGGGCUCUGCCGAUCCUGCUGGAGGAUCAUCCUGCCUGUCCCCAGCUCAGCACCAGCCAACAACAGCCCCCACUUCAUUCAUUGGCUCCAUUCUCUCUGUCCUGCAGGAGCCAACAAUAGCCCUGGGGUGGGCUGGGGGUUCCUGCUUGUGCUGGAUGCCCUUGGGCAGACCCUGCUCCCCUGGCUGGGUGCUCCUGGGUUUGACCUGCACACCUGCAUGACAGAGACUGAGCAGAGCUGCUAUUUCUGUCCUGAGCAUGCAGAUGUAAAAGACACACCAAGUUAAAGGUUCAGGACUGGCUCCAAAGUGGGGUCGCACCUGCCACCUUGCCUUCCUCCCCAGGGCUGGGCCUGUGUUCUGCUCCGUUCUCGGUAUCGAGAGCAGCACGUGGUCAAACCACAGGUUACAGAGUGCUGAGACACCAAGAGCUUCAGACCCACCGGCCAGGGGAAAGGCUCUGCUGUGCAAUGACGGAGCAGGUAACUUCCAGCCCCGUCUCAACAGAGCUGAUGGCCACCACUGACUUCUACCCCUGGGAGGACGGGUACUCGGGCGAGUCCGGCAUGUUGCCUGAGCUCUGUGAGAAGCAGGCAGUGCAGGGCUUCGCCCGCACCUUCCAGCCUGCCGUGUAUCUGCUGCUCUCACUGCUGGGCACAGUGGGGAACGGGCUGGUGCUGCUCACACACACCCGCUACCGCCAGGUACACAGUGUCACCGAUGUCUGCCUCCUGCACCUCGCUCUGUCUGACCUCCUGCUGCUCCUGACGCUGCCCUUCGCCAUCACCGACACGCUGCAGGGCUGGUCCCCAGGCACAGCCGCCUGCAAGGCGCUGCAGGGUCUCUACGCCCUCAACUUCUACAGCGGCUUCUUCUUCCUCACCUGCAUCAGCGUGGAUCGCUAUGUGGCCAUUGUGCGGGUGCCGGCUGCCUGCCGCCUGCGCCCACGAGCUCGCCGCCACGGCUGGCUGACGGCAGGGCUGGCGUGGCUGCUGGCCCUGCUGCUAGCCCUGCCCCAGUUCAUCUACAGCCAGGCAGAGCAGCACCAGGAUCUCCGGCUCUGUCGUGUCGUCUUCCCCCGUGGGGUCUCACGGGCAGCCCGGGGAGCCACCAACCUGGUGCAGGUGGUGCUUGGUUUCCUGGUGCCCUUCCUGGUGAUGGCGAGCUGCUACGCAGCCGUGGCACGGACACUGCUGGCGGCCCGCGGUGCCCAGCCCCACCGGGCGCUGCGAGUGCUGCUGGCCCUCGUGCUGGUGUUCGUGGCCCUGCAGCUGCCCCACAGCCUGAUGGUGCUGCUGGACGCGGCCGAGCUGCUGGCCAGCUGGGAGAUGAGCUGCGCCCAGAGCCGCCGCAAGGACCUGGCGCUGCUGGUCACCGGCGGGCUGGCGUACCUGCGCUGCUGCCUCAACCCCCUGCUCUACGCCUUCCUCGGCCAGCGCUUCCGCCGGGAGCUGUGGCUGCUCGCCAGCGACGCCGGCUGUGUGGGGUCCCUCGACCCGCCCUGCUCCGGCUGCCCCAGUCCCCGGCGGCGGACAUCGCUCUCCAGCUGCCUGGAUGUGGUGUAGGAGCACAGCGGCCAGGGAGGGGAGCAGCCGGGUUCGGUCCCUCCGCGACUGCCCGGGGACAGCCCCGUCCUGCACGGACCUGCCCCGGGUCCACGGGCAGCACCGGACAAUCCGCACGGCACCCGCACACGCCUGGGCAGAGGGAAGAGCAGCCCAGCAGCGCCUGCAUGCCCUGCCAGUGCCUUCACUGCCCGGCGACACGCCGGGCUGCGGUCUCUGCAAUGUCGUGCGUGUUUCGGGGCCACCCCGCAAUGUCGCGGGUGUCGCGGGCCAUGCGAUGUUUCACAUGCUCUGGGGGUCCGGGCGGUGCCGGCGAGCCGGGUCGGUGGGUGCAACACUGGGGCCAGGCAGGCAGCUGGUUCCCACUCUCACAAUAAACCCCGAACGAGUCCCGGUGGGCGAGCACAGUCUCCGUGGGGGCCGACGCUGUCCUGGGUGGG